AGGCAGAGAGAGAGGAGUAAAAAAAAAAAAAAGCCGCAGAGGAAAGAAUCAGCAAAAAAAAAGGAAAUAAAGCGAUAAUGUUUCCAGCAGGAUUGAGUGUGUGAGGGAGAGGAGAUGAAUGGAGGAGGCGAAGGAAGGAGCGUAGGUGUAGAAGGGGAUGGAGAAGCAGCAUUCCUGACUGCACAGUUUCAGAGCAGGACGAGGAAGAGGGAGUUAAUCUGAAAUCCAGAUGCCUUCAGGGACCAACGGAGGGUCAAACUAAUCCACACAUUCAGAGCGCUGCAUCCUCUCUUUCACCAGCAGACCUCUUUACAAGUCAGCAAACACCAAUAGGACCACAGCAUCAACUGGAUACUUUUUUACGCCUGGCUGUCUUGUAAAACUUUCCAUCCCGCAGUCACAACUAGAAGGACUUGGUGUUUUUGUGCUAAACCUGUUUAUGCUCUCCGUCUUCUGGAGGAUUUUCCAGGUGUGUUCAUGGCGUGAGCGGCCAGUCGACCAUCCAGUCAUGGCGCUGUGGUGGUUGGCCAGGAUCACCUGCAGGCCGACUGCAGCCUGGUUUCCUCUGCUCUUCUCAUCUCUGCUCUGGCAAACGAUCGCUCCCGUCGACGGCGUCCCGUCCUGCCCACGGAGCUGCAGCUGUCCGGGCGUUAAAGAGGUCCACUGUACCUUUAGACACCUCAGCUCCAUACCGAAAACUUUUCCUAAAGACACAGAGAGGCUCAACCUGGGUUACAACAGCCUGACGGAGGUGGAAGGGUCAGAAUUCAGGUCGUUACGGCAACUGGAAAUGCUCAUGUUGCAUGGCAACGACAUUAGCACAGUCCAACCCGGAUCAUUUUACAGACUGAGAUCACUACAGAUCCUGAAGAUGAGUUACAACAAGUUAACAUCAGUGAAUCCUGGUCUGUUUGAGGGUCUUGUUGGUCUGAUCCGUCUCCAUCUGGACCACAACCUUAUAGACUUUAUAGAGCCGUACUCCUUUUCUGGUCUGACCUCCCUAAAACUCCUGCAGCUGGAGGGAAACCUUCUCAAAGAGAUCCACCCCCAUACCUUCAUCACAGUGUCAGUACUUGGAAACUUUUGGACAUCUGGACUCAAACACUUACAUUUAUCAGACAAUCUGCUGGAGCAGCUCCCAGCUGCAGCACUGAAGAUAGCUCCCAGGCUCGAACUCCUCUCUCUGCAUGGAAAUCCCUGGACCUGUGACUGUCAGCUCCACUGGUUGGUGGAAUGGAAUUCAAAACAUGAUGGAGUAAUAAAGUGUAAAAAGGAACGUGGCUCCAGUGAGAUAUGCCCCCAGUGCUCUUCUCCUCAGCGCCUGAAUGGUUCCCUUGUGCUCGGCUUAACUCGAGACAAGCUUACCUGCGAACGACCAGCUCUUCGCUCACCCCUCAAACAGUGGGACAGUCCAGUGUGGGCUGAAUCAGAAGCAGAGCCUGACCUCCCAUACACCCGGGACUUUGAAAAACCUUUAGGCCAUCUGACUUUCGUUCUCUCGGACAGCCAUGGGAACCAUGCUCAUGUUGCAUGUAAUGUGCGCAAUCCUGAAGACAACUCACCAAUGACAUGGACAGUAAAUCCACAUUCGCCUGGAGAGUUAUCUGUCAAUGUAUCACUGGUAACCAACCUUGAGUGUGAAAUUGAUCGAGAGACGCUGCAAAAUCUGUGGCAACUGGUCGCAUAUUACUAUGAAAGUCCUGCAAUUUUGGAAAGAGGUCAACAGAGAGGAAAUGAUAGCAGAGUAACUUAUCAGUAUGUCCAAGCUGUAAAUGAAAACUCACCAUAUUUCACUGAAUUAAAGGGGCAUUUGGUAGCAGAACCUUCAUGGCUGCUUCAACCCAGAGUCACUUUGAGGCUCAAUAGGCAGCAGACAACAACAAAGAAACUGGUGAUGGAUUUUACUACUUUAAUCACAAAGGAAAUCAACAGCCACAGGGGGGAGGAAGAUGACAAUGACUUUGCUUCUUCUUGGGCACUAAUUCGCAGAGGGCAAGCUGGGCGGGUCCAGACUGCUCUGGAGGGUUCAAAAGUUAAUUUGGAGUGCAGUGUGAUCACUUCUGACGCAGAGGUGAAAGUUGACUGGAUACUUCCUGAUCUAUCCAUUGUAGAGGAAGCAACCAAUAAAAUAGAAAUUUCUGAAACUGGGCAGCUUGUGAUUUUAAAUGCCACACUGUCUGACUCGGGUCUCUACCACUGUAUCAUCAAAACCAAAGCCGGUGUGGACUUGAUGCCUUUGAGACUCACUGUCAAAGAACGCUCGCUCAGUCCCACGGCUUUUAAUGGUCAGAAAAUUACAGUUCAGAAGGGCGGCUCUUUCGCUCUCCCUUGUGAAGUGAGCUCAGUUCAGCCCAGUCAAAUUAUGUGGUACCUUCCCAAAAACCAAGUCCUUCUCCCCACACAACAGACGAGAAGAGCAGAAGUAAUGGAAAAUGGGACUUUGGUGGUAAGGAAACUCACACCUGAUGAUGUAGGGGAAUACAGCUGCUUGGCCUCCAAUCUAUAUGGAGUUGACAUGCUGUCUCACAUGGUGGAAGUUACAGGAGAAAAAUCUUCUGAUAAAUCCAAAGCACAGACUGACAGACAACAGCCAGUGUUGCCAGUUAGUGUGGAAGAAGGUGAAGGUUCAGGGGGAGAUUAUCAGGAAAUUAUACGUCCUUUUGCUACGCAGCUCCCAGAGAAGGUAGGGACACAGCAAAGGAAUCCAAAUGGGUUUUCGAAAAGGAUACGAAUAAAAGAUUCGAAGAGAAAACCCAAUAAAUCUGUUAAGGAAUUAGAUCCACAUCGUUGGGCAGAGAUUCUGGCUAAAGCUAAUGCUAAACCAAGUGUUGCUCCUCCCACAGAGCAGUCGCUAGAAGAGCCCAGCACUGUCACUGUCCAAGCAAGUACAUCCAAACCGACCACUAUAAUUGCCACAGCAAUCACUACUACUGCUAACAACUUACAUGUAACUCCCAGAAGUACACCACCAUCCCAAGAGCAUGAUGGUGGGAUUAGAGAAAAAGCAGAAACCAUCACAGAGUCCCCUCAGACAGUUGAACAGUCUGAAAAUAAGCACACUGGAGAAGGAAGAAGAAGCUCCAAUUUCGUUCCUGGUCAACCAAACAGGAGAAGGCCCCCUUACAGACGUAGAAAACCCCUACUAAGAAGAAUCCAUCCACAUCUAAACCCCUUCUCCCGUCAGUCAAACAAGCCCCAAACAACUGUUCCCCCACCAACAACCACCACACCACCAACAACCACCACACCACCAACAACCACCACUACUACUACUACUACUGCUACUACUACUACUGCUACUACUACUACUGCUACUACUACUACUACAACACCGGUUCCAACCACAGUGGUGAAUCAUGAAACUUUAUCUGCUGAGUAUCAGACAGAGGAAGAUGAAGGUGAUUACUAUGAAGAAUAUAAUGACAAGAAUGAUGACAGUUUGGAAGCAAAUAAAGAUUUAAACAGUGAAACCCUUCAUAACACUCAUGAUCGUGACAGUAGCAAAACCCUCUUGCCAUCAGUUAAGGAUUCCAGUGUCAACAUCUCUGCAGGUAGACAUAAUCUACCAAAUCCAAAGACAAUUAUGACACCGAAGCUAGAUAAUCCAACUUUAAAGACUGCUGAAGAAAAGAAUAAAGAUACUGUAAACCCAGAGAAACCUGAGAUAAACAGGGUAGAGGUGAAAAAAACUGAAGAAAAUGGCAGCAGCAAUACAAAGCUUGCAGGAGAGAGUGAAAGAGACAAUGAUCAAUCAAACAUUGAGUCGGUUACACAGCGCUACAGUGCGAGAGUUAGCAUCCUGUUAACAACACAAAAUAGGCCAAGACCUAACACUCGACCAUCACCAGAUCACAAUACACCAACACGGACAAGAACUUCCUCCUCCAAUGUUUUUACGUCACAUUCAACAAGUGGCAGAACAAGAGAGGAAGUCACCCAGAUCAAAGACCGUGUGUUGAACAAGGCAACUGCAAAACCUGACAUUCACAGUUUCCCCAUAAUGGAGCCUCUUCACCCCUGGCUCCAUCAGACCAACCAGGGAAGAGGACAAACUACUGCCUCCAGGAUUGAAAGCACAAACCAGGACAGAAACACAGGACGACAGGUUGAGGUGAAUCCAGGUAGACAUUCACAUCCUCCUAUUGUCCCUCCAACCUCCCGCUGGUCUUCACACUAUAAUCCUCAUCACUACUACCCCAUCUACCCUUCCUGGCCAGGUCAAAAGACAUUUCCUCAUCCAAGGCAAGGUCCUGGAUCACACCCAGCAGCCACCCAUCGACCCUGGCCUCUCCCCCACCCGUGGGCUCACGGCUCAUUUGCCACCAAUAGACCAGAGAUCACAGCUGAAACAGUCAAACCAACACCGACUGUUUCUGGGGCAGGGAACUCAAGAUUUACCGUCUCCAACAGUCAUCCGUCACAACAUCAUCAUCAAAAUCAUCAUGUGGAUAGCAGGACUCAAACUAGAGAUCAGCUCUUUUUAAUUAGGCUGAGGAACAGAUACAGACAGGCGCAGCUCGAUCGCAUUGCUCAGCUAGGGAGGAUGGUGACCCCAAAACCUCGCUCAAACUACUAUAAGCCUCCACCGCCCAUCACACCUAAACCCAACCCUCCAUCCAUAUAUAGACCUUACACCUUUAAACUACCAGCACCCACUGCUUCUUACACUCACACGCUGCAACCCCCGAACCAGGCAAAACCUUAUUCGUCAUCAUUCUCUGGUUUCUUCCCGACCCCUCUCCCUUACCGCCCCACCACCUCGGGGGUUCUUUAUGGAAGUCGGUGGCCUGUUGGAGCAGGACGAAUCAGCUCCCGGCGACCCACAGCUGCACCUCCUUUCCCAUGGCUGUUGGGAGCUGAAGGUAGUGGAGCGAAACCUCGAAUCACCACAGUUACUGCAGCGAGCGUGUCAGUGCUGGCAGAGAGCAAUGUGCUCCUCCCAUGCAAGGCAAUGGGGAAUCCUGAACCCAACAUUGCAUGGACCAAAGUCUCCACAGGUGCUACGAUACCAGCUAACACAAAGCACGGUCCCCGUUUUGAAGUCUUCAAAAAUGGAACAUUUGUUAUAAAAAAUAUCCAGCUCCAGGAUCGAGGACAGUACCUCUGCACAGCCCAGAACAGGUUUGGAUCAGAUCGAAUGGUCAUCACCUUAGCUGUCCAGACGGAAGCACCCAAGAUCCAACCACCCAAGUCCACAGAGUUAGCAAUCUACCUCGGGAAAAGUGUAACUCUUGACUGUCUUGCUUCUGGAAAACCACCAGCUCAGAUAUCAUGGAUUCUUCCGGACAGAAUGUUUGUUCGUGAAGCCGGGACUGUUCAUUCUGUCCUCUCCCCAAUGUCUCUGCUUCAGAAUGGAACCCUGCAAAUUCAUUCUGCCAAUUUCUCAAGCAAGGGGGACUAUAAAUGCAUUGCAAGUAAUGCAGCAGGUGCAGAUACAGUCACCUAUCAUCUCCACGUGGCAGCUCUGCCUCCCAGCAUAGGGGAAGGAGCAGCGGAUACUGUGAUCAUUCAGCCAGGCAGGAGUGUGUAUGUUCACUGCUCUGUGAAGGGUGAACCAGUGCCCGCUCUGAAAUGGGUGCUCCCAGCCGGCGUACACGUGAAACCAUCACAGUUUCUGGGACGUAGGCUCUUUGUUUUCCCCAACGGGACACUGUUUGUGAAGAAUGUUGUGCCCUCUGAUGGUGGCAGAUAUGAGUGUUUGGCUACAAACGCAGUGGGAAUUGCCAAAAGAACAAUCCAGCUGGAGGUGAGAGCAGAUUCACCCUUCUUCUCCCAUCAGCCUCCUCCUCUUCCCAUCCCUCCUACCCACCGCCACGCUACUCCAUCCCGCCAACACACUGUCUCAGCCAUGUAUGGUUCUGCUGUCUACCUCCACUGUCCAGAGUCUACUGGAUCCAAAAGAGGAACCACAUGGCAACUACCUUCUAAGACUAUCCUGGAACAUCGAUACAGUCUAGAGCGACCAAUUAAAGUCUUCCGUAAUGGGACUCUGAGGAUUCUUCAGCUAACAGAGUUGGAUGGUGGAAAUUAUCUUUGUGUCUUUCAGCGGCCCAAUGGAGAGGACAUGGAGCUCUUCCAGGUGGACGUGUUGAUGACCCCUCCCAGAAUCGAACAUGUGAGGACUGCACAAACCAGGAUCACCUUUGGAGAAAAUUUCCAGGUGGACUGUGUUGCAACUGGCCUCCCUGAUCCAGAAGUUUCCUGGAGUCUCCCAGAUGGAACUUUAAUCAACAACGCCCUUCAGUCAGAUGACAGUGGCCUUCGCAACCGUCGCUAUGUCAUCUUUGGCAAUGGAACUUUGCUGCUUCAGCAGAUGGGCAAAAAGGAUGAAGGAGACUACACUUGCUACGCCAAGAACAAACUGGGCAAAGAUGAAAGAAAAGUGAGCGUCAAAGUGGGACCAAAUGCUCCAAAAAUUAGAUUAAAAGCACAAUCCCUUGUGACAGUAAAACUGGGAGAAUCAGCUAAAUUGAGCUGUCAGGCAACAGGUGAACCUAUACCAAGGAUUAUAUGGAUCUCACCAAGAAAGGAUGUGAUAGCCAUGUCAUCGAACAAAUUCCAGAUUAUGGAGGAUGGAAUAUUAGUUGUGAAGAAAGUGACACUGACUGAUGAAGGGAAAUAUGCCUGUGUGGCGCGAAAUUCUGCUGGUGAUGAUGUCAAAAACACGAAAAUUGAAGUAGAACCCCAGGAGCCCUUUAUCAAUGGCAUGAAGGGAAAAAGUGCUACAAAGGUUCUGGGUGUUUCCUACCAAACAGCACUUGUGCAUUGCAGAGUGGAAGGAAAGCCCGAACCAAGAGUCUGGUGGGUUACUCCUUAUGGCCACUCGCUCACAACACCCUACCUCGGAGGUCGCUUCCAAGUCCACCAAAAUGGGAGCUUGGAGCUGAGGGGGGUAAGGAAAACAGAUGAAGGGAGGUACAUGUGUCUUGCUAAAAACCAUCUGGGUGAAGCCUCCCUUUUGGUUGAAUUAGAGGUGGCAUCAUUAGCUGAGAAACCUAGCUUUGCUGUUCCCAAUAUUGAAAUCUUACCAAUAAAGCAAGAUGGUGGGGAACUGAUCCUUGAGUGCCCUGCUCGUGGCAAACCAAACCCAGAGUUUUCAUGGGUGCUACCCAAUGGGACGAUGUUAGCACCUGGUGUGAGACUACAACGCUUCACCCAUCAUCAAAGUAAUGGAACUCUACAGAUUUCUCAGCCAGUUGCAACUGAUAAGGGAGUGUAUCGCUGCCUUGCAAAAAAUGUGGCAGGACAAGCAGAGAAACGCUAUGCCCUGGAGGCAGGCAGAAAACCAAUCAUCAGAGGUUCUACAGGUGGGAUGAAGAUCACGUACGGCCUCAGUCUCAACUUGCCUUGCACUGUGGACGGCUGGCCGCAGGCAUCAAUCACAUGGACUCUACCCAAUGGAGUUGUUUUGGACAAACCUCAGACCACUGGCCGAAUAUCUUUCCUCACCAAUGGGACCCUCCAGCUCAGGCAGGUUGCCACCUUUGACAAAGGAACAUACAUCUGUAAAGCCUCCAACACUUUUGGCUCAUCGACAUUAUCCUACCCAGUUGCAGUGAUGGUGUUCCCCCCACAAAUCACCAGCAUACUGACGUCCAUCACCAGAGUUAAUAGGGGAUCACCAGUGACAUUAAAGUGUGAUGCAACUGGCAUUCCUAAGCCAGAUAUUUCCUGGACGUUACCCGGACGAACCACACUGGUGCCACAUAAUCGGUACACAGUGCAAGGCGGAAUUCAUAUGACGGAGGAGGGCAGUCUGGUCAUACAGAAUCCUGUCCUCAUGAACUCUGGUAUUUACAAAUGCAACGCUAAAAAUGCCCUUGGAACAGAUUUCAAAUCGACGUACCUACAAGUUGUUUGAGUGACAGUCACAAUUAAUCUGUAUGUGGAAAAUGUCACAACAGAAGCAAGACCGGUUGAAGAUUUUCCCAUCAGGAUCUGAAUAUACUGUAUGGUAAUGAUGAUAAGGAUCUUCUGGAGGCAGAUUUAAAGCUGCCCGAGUGGUGACUUGGCUUGUGAUACCAUACACUGCAGUUUCAAAUGGGGCCUUUUCAGUAAACAUUCAUCAUUUGCAAUUUCUAACAGCAGGUUUGUGUUUUAUGUUGCAAAUACAGGAGUUUUUGACAAGUGCCUUUUUACUUGUUAAGAAGUUUGCCUUCUUGGUCUGAACCCACAGACGUAAUUUUAUACUGAUCUGACAGUGUUAUUGUUGAUUAAUGACUUCAGUGUAUCCCUGAUCUGCAUAUGGUUAUCCAUGUUCUGGCAGAAUGAUUACCAACUGUAUAAACAUUCAGUUGUUCUUGUCACAGACUUGAUGAUAGAAAAACCAAAGGCACUUUUCCCUGCAUUGUUUACCACAAAUUCUUCAGCAGAAUUUCACAACUUCUCACAUCAUGAACAGACACUAAUGAGGAGUGGACCAGUGGAUCUGGCAUAAACUAUUCUACUCAUGUGCUAAAGUGCCGUAUGUUAUGACCCUUUAUGAACUUUCAGUGUCUCUGUGUUUGUGUAAGGAUACAAAUACCCCCUUUUGCUGCUGUACAUUGUGUACCAGCAAAUGAAUUACUGUAUGUAUCAGUAUCAUUUAUUCAUGUUCAUAAUGGUGGGAAGGAAUAGCUCAUGACAGGAAGGUUGUGAGCUAUUAACAGUGCACAUGAAAAUAUGUGAGUAUAUAAUUUAUAAGUGAAUAAUAAAGUAUAAAGGUAUGUUUUUUUU